AUGGCUGACGAGGAAGCCCAAGCAUCCGACUCUGGUAACGGCCGUUCUGCCGAGCCGGGAAGAACCCAAACGCCCCGCAGACUUCCUAAGAAACGCACCAAAACAGGUUGUUUAACUUGUCGGAAACGUCGUAUUAAAUGUGGCGAAGAGAAGCCCACAUGUGCUAACUGUGUAAAGUCCAAGCGUAGCUGCGAAGGCUAUGCCCAGAGGGUGGUCUUCAAGAACCCUCUGGGAAUCUUGGGGCCAUAUGGCCCGCCGCAAGUACAGGAUGAUCAGAUGCAGCAGCAGAAUAUGCGAGUUCCGCUCUAUAAUGAUUUUGCCUCGCUGCCGCCUCAACAGGCGGCGGCGGCUGCACAACAUCCCAUGUUGGCACCGCGACUAGAUGGUCACAUGCUUUCAGGGUACCAGUAUCCUGCUCCAACAGCUGCAGUAUCUGGAAGGGUUCAACCUGAUACGCAGCAGAUGGUUGACCAUUCGCAGUUUUAUUACCCAGCACUUCCGGCGCAGGUACCUCAGCAAUGGCCUGAUCACUCAACAGGGCAAAUUGGGCCAGGGACACUUCCCUCUGACCUCAAUUACGGGCAACUUCAGCCUCAGCUUGCUGGCCAGAAUAACCAAAAUAUCCAACAUAAUGUGGUGAAUUCUCAGCUGCCACAGCCCAUUACCGACUGGGCAAGUAUCACAAACCAGAACUAUGCCAGGAAUCCUUUACCCCAGUCCUUUCAGUCUACGAAUACAACCUACCAUUACCCACAGUUUCCUGAACAGUCUCUGCAGCCUACUACCCCUGGACAUUACUUCCCGCCUUCUCAACCGCAGAUUGUAUAUGUUGAAGAUGAAGCUGAAGAUUAUUAUGACGUCGACUCUGACGAGGAACUGGAGGACCAAACUCAGACAGAGGGCUUUAACCAGCUCAGUCUCAUCAUGUCUUCUGCCAAUCAUGAUGACCGUCAAAUGCGUUCCUUUACUACUCACCUGAACGAACCAAAUAUCCUGUCCUCAUACCACCCGUCGCUGGGAUCAUCGCCGCUCAACAACCCCAAGACAGCCCGUAUUUUCGCGCACUUUAUCCAUUCGACAGCUCCCUCGUUGUCGGUUUUCGAGAGGCACCCAACCGAUUCUUCGAUCAACUUGGGCUGCGUAAUUCCACCCGCUCAACAAGGUCUGUGGACUUAUACACUUGCCCUCAAAGCGUUAGAACAUCCGGCUCUCCUACAAGCCAUCCUCGCCGUCAGCAGCUUGCAUAUUGCAUACCUGCAACAGGCCCCCACUACCGUCUCCUUGAAGCAUUACCACUAUGCCUUGAAACGUCUAGGCCGUGCCGUUGGUCUUCCAGGUCGACGGAAACAGAUUGGCACUAUGGCGGCUACUCAACUUCUGGCCUAUUACGAGGUCAUGUCGGCUGAUCACAGUAAAUGGAAUAGUCAUGUGGCCGGGUCUGCUCAGUUGAUCCGAGAAAUUGAUUUUGCGGGUCUGGCUCGAGACCUUCGUGCUCACCGGCGCAGGGUUAAUGAACAGCGAGCUCAAAUGGGGUGGUCUAACACGCCGGGGCAAUAUUACCAUUCUUAUCGUAGCGAAGUAUCUGAAGAUGACCCCUUCUCUGAAAAAGAAAAUGCCAUCGAUCAAGCUCUAAUUAGCUCUAUAAUGGGGCAAGUCGUUAACUACGACGAGUUUGGCCAUAUUGAAGGCCACUAUCAAUCACCAAGGAAGCACUUUUCUCGGAAAGACAUUGAGAGCUUCCGCAUCCAGUGCGACUUGUAUUGGUGGUUCACCAAACAAGACGUGUUUCUUAGUUUGAUCAGUGGUGAAAAGACAUUUAUGCCUCAAUAUCUUCGAAGCCAAUGUCCCCCUCGAGCCGCGGUCGGUCGAAUAGAUGCAGUCUAUGGCUCUGCUGAUCACCUUUGGCUACUGCUUGGCCGUAUAUCUGAUUUUGGAGAACGGGACCGCAGGCGAAAGCUUAAGAAUUCCCGUGCAUCGGGGAUAGCCUGGAGGCCAGGCCAAGAGCUCUUUAGGUUCAUGGGCCGUUUUGCUGGUGGCAGUGGACCGCCUGGGGGAUCAAGACCUGGACCUCAUGGACCGGCAGGGCCGCCAGGGCCACCUUCAUCUGGCUCGUCUAACUCUAAUCUCGGAAGUAGCCCUGGUGCCCCUUCAGAGUCCUCACAGGAAAGCCCACCAACCCAAGGUCCACCUUCGAGCCCACCAGGUCCACCGGGUGGGCCCCCAAUGUACGGUAUGGUGCCUCCGCAACCUCCAGCUCAAGUACCUACAGCAUUCGUUUAUGAUAGACGUGGGCAACCCAAAACACCGGAAGAGGAGGACCAUAGUGAGGAAGCUACAUAUGCUGAGGCAGAGCGUGAAUGGGAAGAAAUCCUUGUUGCUAUGGAUGCCUAUGUUCAGGCGCUGGGUCGAGACUUCCAGCCACUGCCCGCAGAUGUGACAACCGUCAUUGAUUCUCCAUUUGGACCGGCCCUGCAAUACCGUACACACACCAUCGCCGUAGUCUGGGCAAUGUAUUACGCUGGACGAAUCCUACUGCACCGCCUCCACCCUUGUCUGCCCCCAGCUAUGAUGAUGGCUGCCGGUGUAGCCGCUCCUACAACUGCAGAUUACGCACAGAUGAUAGGCCGCAUCACGGCCGGUAUCUAUUACCCACAACGCUACAACCUCCAAGCUGGUAGUUUGAGCCCGACCCUCGGUUCUUCGCUGACGGAGAUGACUCUACCGAUAUUCUUUGCUGGUGUGCAGUAUGUCAAUCAUGCGCAGCGGGUUUGGACCAUUGCGAAAUUGAGGGAAGUCUCGCGGCUUACUGGGUGGAAAACUUCUGAUGCUAUCGCAGGUGGAUGCGAGAGCUCUUGGAUUAUUGCGGCUAAACAUGGACGGGGACCUCCAUAUGAGCGAUCUUUCAUGAGUGAACGUGAGCGUCACCGUGAUGAUCCUGAUGAUCCUCCACAGUAUGUUAUCGACAGAGAGGCGGAAGCAUUGUAUAGUGAUGAUCGGCGGUUUGUCACCUUUAAGCCGCCCGACCGCGCAUUUUUGGCCAUGGGGCUCUUGAGUCUGGAAGGUGACUUACAAAAUCUAGAACUGUAA